GGUCUCACGUCGCCAUGCAUUGCUCUACCAGACCACCACCAUGUCCAAAUUUGACUGGAUUCGAGCAGGCCACACUAUAUUAUCCCCGUUCCCGGUGGGUUUGUUUGCAGGGCGGCAGAGCAGAGGCACAACACACAAACCAACCCAAAACCAUUUCCUACUAGCUAGAAGAGUGAAGUGAAGCGAUGAAGAAGACCGUGGUCCUGUACCCUGGCCUCGGCGUCGGCCACCUGGUGCCGAUGGUGGAGGUCGCCAAGUUGUUCCUCAAGCACGGCCUCGCCGUCACCGUGGCGCUCGUCGAGCCGCAGGUCGAGUCCACGGACUUCUCCGCCGCGGUCGCCCGCGCGAGGGCCUCCAACCCCUCCGUCGCCUUCCACGUCCUGCCGUCGCCGCCCGCAGAUUCAAACCCCGACGGCGCGCCCAGGCACCACGUCGUCAAGGUUAUCCAAUUGCUCGCCGCCAUGAAUGCGCCCCUCCGCGACUUCCUCCGCUCGCUGCCCGCCGUCCACGCGCUCGUCCUCGACAUGUUCUGCGUCGACGCCCAGGACGUCGCGGCCGAGCUCAAGCUGCCGGUCUACUACUCGUUCGCCUCCGCUGCCGCCGACCUCGCCAUCUUUCUCAACCUGCCGAGCAAGUUCGCCAGCAAUACGGCCAAGGUAAAAGAGCUCGGCGACUCCAUCAUUACCUUCCCGGGUGUUCCUCCUUUCAAGGCUUCGGAGCUGCCCUCCGAAGUUAUCGGCGACGAUGAAGCGCUCGUGUACGUCUUACGCAUGUUUGAGCGAAUGGCAGAGGCGAAAGGAAUUCUUAUCAAUUCCUUCGAUUCGUUGGAAGAGCCCGCACUGAGCGCUCUCAACGACGGACUUUGCGUCCCUGGUCGUGCGACGCCGCCGGUAUACUGCAUUGGACCGUUGGUCUCGGGAGGCGGAGAUAAGGAGCACGAGUGCCUCCGCUGGCUGGACGCGCAGCCGGACCAGAGCGUGGUGUUCCUCUCCUUCGGCAGCCUGGGCACAUUCUCCAGUAAGCAGCUCGAGGAAAUUGCAGUUGGUUUGGAGAAGUCAGGGGAGAGGUUCCUGUGGGUUGUAAGGAGCCCGCGCAGUCCCGACCAGAAGCACGGCGAUCCGCUCCCGGAGCCUGACCUCGACGCGCUCAUGCCGGAAGGGUUCUUGGAGAGGACCAAGGACAGAGGGCUCGUGGUGAAGUCUUGGGCGCCGCAGGUGGAGGUCCUGCGCCACAGGGCGACCGGCGCAUUCAUGACGCACUGCGGCUGGAACUCGACGCUGGAGGGCAUCACGGCAGGGUUGCCGCUGCUGUGCUGGCCGCUGUACGCGGAGCAGAAGGUGAACAAGGUGCACAUAGUGGAGGGAAUGAAGCUCGGGGUGGAGAUGAGAGGCUACAGUGAAGAGGUGGUUAAGGCCGAGGAGGUGGAGGAGAAGGUCAGAUGGGUUAUGGCGUCCGAGGGAGGCAUGGCACUCAGGGUGCGGGUAGCGGCAGCGAAGGAUGCGGCGGCUGAGGCGCUCCAGGAAGGGGGCUCGUCCAACUUGGCGUUUGCCCAAUUCCUCAAAGACAUGGACAUUUCCAAGGUCUCAACCAUGCACGAUUGAUGCGAAGCUUGUAAACUCUACUUAAUGUUGGAUUUUCUUUUUAGAAACACACUGCGGACGCACAUUACUCAGGCAAACUUAUUCCUAUAUGAACGCAUGAGCGCAUCCUGCCUAUAUGAACACUUUUGGAAAACUGAGCCGGAAGAUCGUGAGAUUGAUGAAGUCAUCACAAUCAUUUCGUAGUCUAACGAAUAUACCACCAAAAAGAAUAGCAUCGAAAAAACUGGAACUAAUCCAAAAAAUAUGUGAGCACCCAUAUGCCAAAUCUAACAUUGAGUCUGGGAGCUUAGUUAUUUCUCUAACAACAAGAACAUUACUCUUCAGCAGAUUCUCGGAACACAAGACCUUGGAGAACACUUCCAUAGAUACAUGCCACAACAGGCAUUCCAGCAAGUUCAACAUUUUUCGGACAUGAAAAAAAAGUGUUUCUCCUAAUGAUGAGUCAAGAUACUAAGCAAGGUUAGUUGAUAAAGGUUAUAGCCAGAUUCCAGGUAUUGACUAUAAUGAAGUCUUUUUCUCCUGUUGUAAAGCAUAGCUCUAUUUGCACUUUACUCAGUAUUGUUGCCAUGCAUAAUUUUGAGCUUGAACAAUUAGAUGUUAAAACUGCAUUUUUACAUGGAGAAUUAGAAGGGGAUAUCGAAAUGGAACAACCUGAAGAUUUUGUUAUUCCUGGAAAAGAAAAGCUUGUCUGUAAGUUAAUAAAAUCUCUUUAUGGACUGAAGCAAUCUCUUAGACUGUGGUAUAAUAGAUUUCACACUUUUAUGCUCUCCCAAGGUUUCAAAAGGUCUAAUUAUGAUAACUGUAUAUAUUUGAAAACUGUCAAUGGUUCAGCUAUUUAUUUGCUCAUUUACAUUGAUGAUAUGUUAAUUGCUUCAAAGAGUAUGCCGGAGAUUAAUGAAUUAAACAAGCAAUUCAGUAACGAAUUUGAGAUGAAGGAUACAAGUACAACAAAGAAAAUACUUGGCAUGGAAAUAUCCAGAGAUAGACUAUCAAGAAAAGUGUAUCUAAGUCAGAAGGGAUAUAUUGAUAAAGUUCUUCAUCGUUUUAAUAUGCAUAAUGCCAAGUCAGUAACGAGUCAGAUGCAGAUAUUGAGUACAUAUUUAGAGUUUUCUAUUCGAGUGCAGUUGGUUCAUUUAUGUAUGCAAUGGUUUGUUCUUGUCCAGAUUUUUCAUAUGCAUUGAGUGUUGUUAGCAGGUACAUGGCUAAUCCUGGAAAAGAGUACUGGAAAGUAGUUCAGUGGAUUUUUAGAUACCUGUGUGGUACUUCUAAUGCUUACUUGCAGUUUGGAAAACUAGAGAUUCACUUAUUGGUUUUGUUGAUUCUGAUUUUGCUGGUGAUUUGGAUAAGAGAAGAUCACUGACAGGUUAUGUUUUCACCAUUGGUGGUUGUGCUGUGAGUUGAAGAGCAACUUUGUAGUCUAUUGUGGCUUGUUCCACUACUGGUGCCGAGUAUAUAUGGCUAUUUUUAAGGCAUGCAAAGAAGCUAUCUGGUUGAGAGGUUUGUAUGCCGACCUUUGUGAAGAUUCAUCUUGCCUAACCAUAUUUUCUAACAUUCAAAGUGUAAUAUGUCUUACAAAGAAUCCAAUGUGUCAUGAUAGAACAAAGCACAUUAAUGUCCGAUUUCAGUACAUUCGAAAUAUUAUUGCUGAAGGCGA